AUGUUCAUAUCUAUCUGUCUGUCUGUCUAUCUAUCUAUCUCAGUCUUUUUAUAUCUAUCUAUCUAUCUAUCUAUCUCAGUCUUUUUCUAUCUAUCUAUCUCAUCUUUUGAUAUCUAUCUAUCUCAGACUUUUUAUUUCUAUCUAUCUAUCUAUCUAUCUAUCUAUCUAUCUAUCUCAGACUUUUUAUUUAUAUCUAUCUAUCUAUCUAUCUAUCUAUCUAUCUAUCUCAGUCUUUUUCUAUCUAUCUAUCUAUCUCAGACUUUUUAUUUAUAUCUAUCUAUCUAUCUAUCUAUCUCAGUAUUUUUAUAUCUAUCUAUCUAUCUCAGACUUUUUAUUUAUAUCUAUAUAUCUCAGUCUUUUGAUAUCUAUCUAUCUCAGACUUUUUAUUUCUAUCUAUCUAUCUAUCUAUCUAUAUCUAUCUAUCUAUCUAUCUAUCUCAGUCUUUUUCUAUCUAUCUAUCUAUCUCAGACUUUUUAUUUAUAUCUAUCUAUCUAUCUAUCUAUCUAUCUAUCUAUCUAUCUAUCUCAGUCUUUUUCUAUCUAUCUAUCUAUCUAUCUCAGACUUUUUAUUUAUAUCUAUCUAUCUAUCUAUCUAUCUAUCUAUCUAUCUAUCUAUCUAUUGGGACUCAAACUCAAACAAGACCUCAAUUGUGGCCCUUAUUCUGUAACACAGGUGACCCUUGGGCAAAUCUAUCUAUCUAUCUAUCUAUCUAUCUAUCUAUCUAUCUAUUAUAGGGUGUUUGUAUUUAUCUAUAGACGAUAA